GUUGGUUUGUUUUAUAUUUCACUUGACGGUUUUUCACAGCUUCGCAGACUUGUUACAAUGGCAACAUAUCCAACUACAACCGUUGUUAUGCACCAUCACCAGCCUAACGUACACAUCUUCAGGGAGCUUCCUGUACGCAUGCGCUGCCAGUACUGCAAUGCAGAAAUAACCACCAGCACUACGUACGAAACGGGAACGCUCACCUGGGUCAUUGCUGGUAUUCUGUUGCUUUUUGGGCUUUGGCUUGGAUGCUGUUUGAUUCCGUUCUGUGUUGACGGAUGUAAAGACGUCGUCCACAGGUGUCCCAGUUGUCAACAGGUCGUUGGUAAAUUCAACAGGAUGUAGUGGAUAUCUACAGAGAGUCAAAAGUGCCAUAGAUUCUUCUGAAAGAACAUUUUGAUUUUUAUUAGAAGACAAAAAAGUGUGCCAUACUUAAUAUACCAUAUAGUGCAGUGUAUAUACUAUUGAUGUUUUACUUGAGGGUAGAAACUAUGUGCCAUACUUUCUUCUUUCCGCCUUAGGGUUAGCUGUGAUAAUUUUUACUGUGAUAUUUUUACUAUUGUUCAAUUAAUUUAUAUAUACAGUAUUAUUCUUCUUUAUUAAAUGGUUGUUUCUUA